AUGGAUGUUGGGAUGUCAGUCGUCAAAAUCAUUACACCCAUGAUCACACAGCUGGUCAGUAGCGGCACAAACAACUCCAAAGAGAAAUCUGAAGAACAUACGAGUUGCAAACUUACAUCAGUAGAAGCUGAAGAGGGACAGGGAACUUCUGGUGAAGCAGAGAAAGCAAAAAACUCAGCACAGGGGACCAAAAGAAAAAGAGAUACAAAAAAUAGCACAGCUUGCGGUCCAGGAGACACAUCACAACGCUGUGCCGGUGUGAAACCUCUGAAGACACCGACGCGGAUCCCCAUCCCCCCUCUACCUGAAGUCCUGCCGCCUGUCAACCUGGUCCACAGGGAUGUCAUUCGUGCUUGGUGCCAGCAGUUAAAACUGAGCACCAAAGGCCCGAAACUAGAUGGAUAUAAACGACUCUGUGAAUAUGCUUACCCUCAUCAAAAAAACAUUCCUGCCACAACACAGGAGGCCAGGAUCCUGUCACUAUCGAAAAGGAUAAAGAUAGAAAAGGGGGAACUACCACUGGAAUGCUCUGUUGAGAAAACAUCUUCUGAUGGGGCUGCUCCUCUUGCACGGGGGCCACCUGCCCUUGAGGGAGCUCCUCCGCCUCUUGAGGCAGUUGUAUCAACUUCUGCCCUCGACUCAGAAGCUGUGUUUGCCUCCUGGAGCAGAAUGACAGCCAGGGCCGUGAAGACGGAGUCAGUAGGAUCACAAGAGACCUGUGGAAUAAAGUAUUAA